AUGUCUGCGGCGACAGAAGAUGCUUUGGCCGAAAAGAGGCCACAGAUGCCCGAAAAAUACACCUGGCUUCGCAAAGCUGAUUCCCUCCAGGAAGGUUGCUGCGUCAGCCUGUGUGUCCCCACCUCCGCCAUUGAUGAAGCGCGUUCCAAAAUGGCUGAGGGUGACCCAGAGGAUGACCCAGAGGAUUCAGUCGUCGAUGCUGUUCUCAAGCGCGUCGUUGCAAUAAAGAUUCCCGGGAAAGACUCUAAGCAGCCUACCAUGCAUCACGAAGCACGUGUUCUCGACGACAUACGCCGUCAAGCGUAUCCUCGCAGCGGCGGUGCGCACUGCAUCGAGCUAUUAGACCACUACGACAUGGACGCCAUGGACCGGGGAGAACCAGGUUGGCUAGUCAUGGCAAGCUCAUCGGUAUGCUGUGACCUUGACGCACUCUACAAUUUCGAUAUCGGGAAUAAGCUUGAAAAGGCUUUGCUCUGGCUCAUGAUUGCGCAUGUCUACGAAGCAGUCUAUUUCCUACACCGCAAUUGCGACCCGCCCAUUACACAUGGCGAUAUCACUUUCGAAGCCAUCCUUGUCAGCUGUCCCUACGAAAAAGGGAAGAACGGCAAGAGUGCGAUUGCCAAACGCCCAAAAAUCAGCCUGAUAAGUUUUUCAGAGAGCGAGAUGCAUGAUCCUAACGGCUCUCCAGAUGAUGUUGGACGCAAGGCUCGGGCAGAGGAAGAAGAUGUCGAAAAUCUGGACUCUGCGAUCCAAAGACUUGUCAAACGUUGCUACGAGGGUUACGAACAGGGUUUUGUAGGAAAAGGAAAGGCGACAUAUAGCAUAACAAAGAAAGUUUGGAAAGAUGAUACCCCAGAAGAGGUGAAGAGGUUUAUGGCGAAGGACGUACAGGGUUUGAAUGGCUUAUGGGCUGAUAUUGGGAAGUUUGCCAAGGAGCAGUUGGAAGAUGUUAGUGAUGAGGAGUGGGAGGAGCUGAGGGACUCGAUCAUUGAGGUCACUGAAUCGGAAGGAAAGUUGAGCGAUAUUGUCACGGACCUUCUAAAGGGUCAGCCUGUGGAGGAUUAG